AUGGCUGCAGCGCUGUCAGAGGCCUUUGACGAAAGCUCGAGUCCAAACUCCUCUCCAGAGUACAACAGGAAGGAUUAUGGCAGUUCAAGCGCACCAUCCACUUCUGUCACUAGAGGGAGAGCUCAGAGCCGAGAGAGUGAGAUCAGAGUCCGGCUGCAGAGCGCUUCUCCUACAGGAAGCUGGACGGAGCUGGACGACGUGAAGCGCCUGCUGAGAGGAAACCGCUCCACCAGCAUCAGCCCCACCCAGUCCCCUAACAACACGCUGCCCAUCCCCAAGAAGGCCAGCGUGGACCCGAGGACCCUGCCUGACAGCUCCGGUGCAGGAGCUCAGAACAACCUGACGCUCGGCUCUCCGUCUGUGAGCGGCGGCCCGUCUCCGGUGCAGAACGGCAGCUCCGCUCCAGUGUACGGCGUGCAGAAUAACCUGACCACUCCCACUCCCACUGCCUUUUCUCCCACUGCAGCCAACACACACAUAGUUUACGGCGUGCAGAAGAACGUGUCUGGGACGAGCACAGCCGCCGUGAGACCCAGCAGCCCCACCGGUGACGAGGCUUCGACCCUGAAAGCUGGGACGAAAGACAAAGCCACCUAUGCAGACAUCCAUAUAAAAGACAUGAAACAGUCCAGUUUUGGCUGCUGCUCCUGCUGCAGCUGGUGGAAGUGGCUCCUGGGCCUCCUGCUCAGCCUGUUGCUCCUCUUCAGUGUCCUUUUUGGACUCAUUGCUUUGGGUGAAGAAGUCAGACGCCUGAAAGGCCGCGUGGACGCUCUGGAAGCCAUGACCAGAUCUGCGUCAGUCAGUCACUUGAUGUCUUCUGGCAACAAAAUCUCAGAGCGGGUGGAAUCCACAUACAUCGAGAAGAACGCCGCUUCAACCCUCAUCCACUCCGACAACGGGCUCAACCUGGAUGGUGGUGGCACAGGCGGAGGCACGGGAAGCAGCCUGGUCCAGGACAGGGCCGCCCUGGAAAGACUCAUACAGCAGCUGGUCAGGGAUGAGCUCCACUCAGGAUCUGUAAGAGAAACUCUGGCAUACUCACUGAAAGGAGAGAGAGGAGAGCCGGGACCUAAAGGUGACCCAGGGCCAUUAGGACAAAAAGGUGAUAUAGGAACAUCUGGCCCUCCAGGUCUUCCUGGGCAGAUCGGGCACCCAGGUUUGGAGGGAACAAGGGGACCGAAGGGAAGUGCAGGUGAACCAGGUGCUGAGGGACCACAAGGUCAGAGGGGUCGGGAAGGACCGGUGGGCCCCCGAGGAGAACCUGGAUCACCUGGCUUUGGAGCCAAAGGAGACAGAGGAUUCCAGGGUGAGCCAGGACGACCGGGUCCCGCCGGUAUUGCUGGACCUGCAGGUCCAAAAGGUGCCACAGGAGAGCCGGGUGCCGCAGGAAGUCCUGGUGCUCCUGGAUCAAAGGGAUUCCAGGGGGAGGCGGGGCUUCCAGGAACCAAAGGGGACCGAGGAACAUCUGGGCUGCCGGGAAUCAAAGGAGACCACGGAGAGAGGGGACCACGUGGACCGGCAGGUGAACCCGGACAGCCUGGACCUCAAGGACCUUCAGGAUUAAAGGGAUCUAAAGGAAUUGCAGGUGACCCAGGUUCAGUUGGACUUCCUGGUGUCAGAGGACCACAUGGAGUUCCUGGAGAUGCCGGUCCCCCAGGCCCCCCUGGGUUGCAGGGACCCCCAGGUAUUGCAGGAAUCCCAGGCCAGCCUGGUGGUAAAGGUGAACCAGGAACACCUGGUAAAGUCGUUUCUCCAGUUGGCUCUGAUACUGUGGCCAUCCCUGGACCUCCAGGACCAGCUGGACCUCCAGGUCCCGCUGGAUCACCUGGUCUGUCGGGUCCAAUUGGCCCUGCUGGUAUCCCAGGACAACCAGGAUCUAAGGGAGAGCGAGGAGAAAAGGGAGAGAGGGGGCAGAAGGGGGAGCCAGGACCUCCAGGACCUCCUGGAGUACCUGGUCCUCAGGGUCCUCAGGGUCCUCCUGGUGAGUCUACACAGGGUCCCCCAGGACCCAGAGGUCCUCCUGGAGAGCCAGGUAUUGGCGAACCUGGACCUCCAGGCAAGAACGGAGCUCCUGGGAGCUUUGUGCCGACAUCAGAAACCUUCUUUGCUGGACCACCCGGACCUCCAGGACCCCCGGGGCAGCAAGGCUCACAGGGUGACCCAGGACCACAAGGGUACCAAGGUGAACCAGGACAACCAGGCCUUCCAGGAAGCCCCGGAGACCCAGGUGUUGGUUUCCCAGGUCAGCCUGGAACUCAAGGCCCACCAGGUGCAGAAGGGCCACCGGGACCUAAAGGUGAUACGGGAGAUCCAGGACCUCCAGGAAUUCCAGGAGUCUCCACAGGUGGUGGCAUCAGAGAGUACUUCGUUGGACCUCCUGGGCCUCCUGGGCCUCCGGGGGAACCAGGCACAUCUGGACAUGCAGUGGACGGGCUGGUUGAUGAUGUCGCCAGCAGAGUCAUCGCCUACAUCCACAGUUCAGGCAGAGGUUAUGACGGGACCCCAGGCCCUCCUGGUCCUCCGGGUCCACCUGGCUCCGUCUCUCUCAAUGACAUCAUCAGCCUCUUACAGAGAGAGGACGUGAGGCGAUACAUUGCUGGUCCUCCGGGUCCACAGGGACCUCCAGGAGCUCCAGGCUAUGGCAGCUACAGCUUUAACACACAGGAGGUGGCUGAACGUGUCCUUAGUUUGAUGUCUGAGAGGGAGGCGCUUGGUGUCCCUGGACCUCCUGGACCUCCCGGACCACCUGGAGCUCCUGGCUUUCCUGGAAACUUUUUACCAGAUGGGUAUCAAACUUUAGUUGGCCCUCAGGGGCCUCCUGGUCCCCCGGGUAUCCCUGGCUCACAAGGUCCACCUGGCCCGGAAGGACCACCUGGACCACCUGGAUUUUUUAAAUACAUCAGCUCAGACAUUCGUGACUACCUGCAAAAUGUUGCUUUCAAAGGUCCUCCAGGCCCACCCGGACCCCCUGGACCUGAGGGACCCCCUGGACCAAUCAGUGGGUUGGUUACUUUAGCUGACCAUCUCAACAGAGACACACUCAAAGCUGAACUACAAGAAUAUAUCAAGAGUGAUGAUGCGAGUGCCGCCAUGUUUGGAAUUCCUGGUCCACCAGGUCCUCCUGGACCCCCAGGACACAAGGGAGAGCCAGGUUUGCCUGACGACUACUCCAGUAUGGCUCUCAAAGUAACUGAUUACAUCAAAUCCCACGGUCUGCUCGAUGAUGCCAUGAGCAACUCUGAGCGCGUGGUUCAAGGACCUCCAGGACCUCCAGGAAUGCCUAGAGAGGCCCGAUUGGUUAGUUCCCAACAAAAUGUCAUGGAUGUGGUGGAAUACUUAAAAUCUCAUGGUGUAGUGCGGGACAUUAUGAGGGAGUACAGACAUGUCUUUCAAGGCCCUCCAGGGCCCCCAGGACCCCCAGGUCAUCCAGGAUACAGCCACUGGCUUGAUUCCCAUGGUAACGCCACAGAUCUGGUGGAAUACAUCAAAUCUCGUGGUCUCCUCCGUGACACUGAACGUGUCAUCCAGGGACUCCCGGGGCCACCGGGACCUCCGGGUCCACCAGGAUACAGCAGACUGUUUGGUUCUGACACCAACGUUUCUGAUUUAGUGGAAUAUAUAAAAACUCAUGGAGCCAUCGUGGGACCACCUGGGAGACCAGGCCAGAAGGGGGAGAGGGGAUUUCCAGGACUGAAAGGAGAGAGAGGUGAGCGAGGCCUUCCUGGACAUGACGUGUACGGAGGCCCAAAAGGGGACAGAGGAGAAUUCGCAGUGACGAGUAAAAGGAGGAAGAGGAAUGCUGGUGUUUGACGCCUGAGCUGCUGAAAGUCGUUUCCUGCGUUUCGCUGGUGUUUUAACUGUAAAUGUGUUGAAAUCAGGGACGUCGUAUUGAAUUAGGUCAUCUGUGGUAACUUUACCAUUUCAUUUUUUACCCAUCAGACCAAGUAUUUUAUGUUUUUUGGAGUUUGUGUUUCAAGUCUUGGGAUCCAUGUAAAGAACAAAACAGCACAACGUUAGAGAGAAAAGUUUAUUUACAUGAAAAUGAAAAUCAGCAUUACAGGCCUUCUAAAAACUAUACAUGUUAUAAAAUGUGAUGUUUGUUUUAUAGUCAACAUUCAGAAGUUAAGAACCAGAAUUUUGUAACUGUUUGUGGUGGACGAUCAGCUUUCGUACAUAAAUAACUGCUGAGGACGUUUUGUAAAAGGUGCACAGCACUCCUUCACUGAGUUUAGUUUUUUUGUACAUAUGAUAUGAAACACCUUUGACUAACUAAUAACAGCCAAUCAAAGAAGAUGAGAUGAUCAAAUGAACCAAUCAGAGGAGGAGAUGGCCUAAACCAGUCAGGUCCAAUUUUUUUUAUAACAUUACAUCAGAUUUAAUAAUAAUAAUAAUAAAAAAAAAAACUGCAAAAAGCU